ACCUCUCUGCUCACUCCGCCGCUCUCUCUGGCAGGUCCUGGCCCAGCCAUGAUCGAGGUGGUGGCCAAGCUGGGCCGCGGGCCCGUGUUCCUGGCUGGGGAGAUGCUGGAGUGUGUGAUCACCUUCACCAACCCCUUGUCGGCCUCCUCCACGUCCGCCAGCAGUGAGAUGCUGGCGUGGGCCAGUGCCCAGAUCCACUGCCAGUUUCAUACCAGUGAGAACCGGGUAGUGCUUCCUCCAUCUAAUGGCAGCAAGCCUGACGUACAGGCAGAGAACGAGACGGUCUUUGUUCCCAACAGAGGAGAGCGGGGUCAGUGUAUCCUGUCCACACCACCAAAGAUUCUUUUCUGUGACCUGCGACUGGAUCCCGGGGAGUCUAAAUCUUGUGAGUUCUGUCUUCUCUUCAAAGCAUUCACCUCUGCACACUCAAGGUGGCUUUGCAGACCUGAGUUCUGCAAGCAGUAGACCCUGGUGCUCACAGAAGGCAAGUGAUGUGAGGGUAAAUUGUAGGGAACCUGCUCCUUGCUACGUUGUCCAGAAUUUGUUCUCUGUGUGUACUGCAUUGUCUCUGUUUUGCUUCUGGCCUGUGCCUCUGCCACAGGUCCAUUGUGUAGCUUCAAGGCAUGAAAAGUUUUGAAAUACUUGGCAGCCGGAGAUACUCACACCUGUGUUUCCCUGCCUUUGUUCCUUCAGACAAAUUGAAGCAGUCUGGGAAUUUAGGCUGGCAUCUGCCAAAGCUGUGUCCUUCCUCUUCAGGUUGUGGCUGUCUUGGAGACCAUUCUACUUGUUGUAGUUUUUCUGAUCUUUCUGCCAUAAAAGUGAGAACUUCUCAUUUUCUCUAGCUGAAAACUUCCUGUGUCACCAAAGUCCACAGACUUCUUCCAGCAGGCCCCCUGUAAGCUCUCUUUCAUCACUGCUUUCCCUUUUGCUGUUCAAAAUAAAUAUGCAGCAACUGCUUUCCUAGUCCCAGGCAGUGUCUUGUCUGAGAGCCUUCUACCUGAGCAGGCAGCUGUGCAAACACAAAAAUGUGCUGUUGUCCUUUGGUUGGUGGCUAGCGACCCAGCUUGUCAUUUCAUGUCAGAUCUCUGUGUUCCAGCAGCCUGUGGUGCAGCAGCAAGUAGCAUCAGAAACUGCAGGCUGUGUAUGUAUGUGUCACUCAGGUUGUCCCAGCAGAAAUCUGGUUGGAAUGGGUGAUGGACACCUCUCAAGUCAUGGAGUGAGGAAGCCUGGUGGAGGGGGCUCUGCUAUAGCUUUCAGCAAAGCUGCAAGUUAAAGCAGGAAGCUGCGGGCUAUGCUAUGCUAGUUUUGAAGCUGGUACCUCUUGCCUUUCUUUGAGGAGCUUCGCUUGGGUAGGUGAUUAAUGGGGUGAAACAGUGCUCUGUGCUGCUUGACUGUAAAGUCUAUCAUUCAGGAACGUUUUGUUAUACACUUAAUGAUGUACAGCACCACAUAUGUGAAAGCAGCUGGCUCUACCGCGUUGCAUUCAAAGAUGAAUGUGUUUUCUGAAUGCCAGGGAGGAGGAGGAGGCAAACAUCCCAGGUGGCCUGAGGCUCCCCUGGGUGCUCCUGCACUCCUUGCUGCUAGCAUGUGUGGGGCUGGAGCAUUCUUUCUCCCACACAUGGAAAGCCUUUUUUCCCACAGCAGCUUGGGCAAGCUAAGCAGGCUCUGAGAGAGCAGAGCAGUGAUGACAGUCCAACCCCUAGGUGGCUGGGAUGGAUUGAGGGGAUUUACUUGAGUACUGGCAUGGCAGACGGAAGCUGUUGAGCCUACAGCUAAGCCAGUAGUCCCUCUGACUGAUAUUGUAUGUUUGCAUUCACUCUGCUGCUGGGUGACACUGGCACAAGCACAAGCUCCCUUAUUUUUGGUCAUAGCCACAGCUCCAUGGCAAGAACACAAACUCUUCAGCACCUUGAGACUUCUUAUCUCAAGGCUACAUGUGGUGCACACAUUUCUUGCUAUGAGCUAUGUGUGAUGCUGCUGUGUGUGUGACUCUGGACCCCAUGGCACCAAAACCCUGUUUCACAGCCCCAGUUCUACCUAGCUGCUCACACCAAUCUCAUCGGUGUGCAGUGCUGCUCCCCUCACACAAGACUGCAGCUGGCACAUUUGUGGAUCAUUCCUGGGGGCUCCUGCCAGCUCCGUGGAGGCAGAGUUAAGGCUGUGUGGGUGUGUAUCUUAAUUCUUCAUUUCCUGUUUUUCAGAAGUUUUGAGUUUUCCUACACAGUUCGGGAAGGCAGAAAAAAAACCAAGCAAUUUUAAUUCUGCUUCAGCAAAGUACCAUAUUAAUAAACCGUAGCCAGAGCUGGCACGUUUAGCUGAGGUUGUGUGAGGCUGUUGUUUGAUAAAAGACCUCGUUUUCAGUUGCCUACGAGCUUGUUCCCCAAUAACUUCCUCAUGUUGUGGUGCCUAUACGUUAACAUUGACUCACCUCCCAUCAGUUUGACACACUGCCCAGAUGGAACUCUUUAAAUUUGUCAAUGUAAAACAUUUUCUUAAGCCCUCCAGUCAUUUCUGUGGCUAUUUCUGGUGUUGCAAUGCCUCUAAAUAUUUGGUAGAUCACAGGGAGAAGAGGAAAUGGAGGCUGCCUCAACACAAGCCAGGAGCCCAGCCAGAGGGUACAGCAGGAGGGUCGGGGAAGCAUCUGCAGUGCCAGGAAUGCACUUCCUCCCGGGGCCUGUCAGGAAGCUGGUGCUUCCUGAGUCUCAGGAUUCCUGUGCUAGGCAGCAGAUGCUGUGCAUUGCCCAUUUUCUGCCCCAGACGUGGUGGGCUCUGCUCAGACUAUCCUUGCUAGGCAUGGAGACCCUUGUGAGCAUUUUUGCUAAACCUGCUGCAGGGGUUUGCAGCAGUCCGCUGUAACACUCUUGAACCUUCCUUGGAAAUACCUGAUUUUCUUUUCUGUCAAGACAGUUCUCAGCUUAAUUUGCACCUCAGUCCAGUGGGACUGCCUUUUGUUUUGUGUGUAAGAGCUUGCAGCCUCUGGUCACCAGCAUGGGCUUUCUUGUCUGUCCAAUCUUCUUUUUUUAAAUCCAGAAGUUAUAUUUUAAAUGUAAUUCUAGCUUUUAAUCUAAGCCUCAAAGUUUAGGAUAUGCCAGACGUAGUGUAGGAUCUGUGGUUUAACAGCAGGAUGCUGCCCUUCCUCUGGCAGGGUGCAUCUUUGUCACGGUGGAUAAGCCAGAGAUGGAGAUGUUCCACAGUCCUCCGUUUCUCCGUGUCUCUUCUUAAAUGGUGUGCAGUUUGGGAAAGCUGCAGAAGUGUUCAUGCUGCAUUAAGAAGCAUUGGGAUUUAUGCGGUGAAUGUGGAUGGGGCUUUGAGAGGGCUGAAUAUGGUUCAAAGCCAGGACCUGGCAUCUGAGAGAUCUCAGAGUCAGAGGUUUUGUGGUCCAAGUCAUCAGUCUGCAGAGGGGGAUUACUCCACAGCUUGUUGUGAAGAUCUCUUAAUUGUUUCUUGGCCAUUUAGCCCCAAGUGCUGGGAAGCUUCAGAGAAAAACACAGG